UAAAAUGUCGAGGAAUCUAAAAGCUUGUAAAGUAUUAACAUCUGUGAAUAAUAAACGAAAAUGAAUAAUACGAUGGAUAAAUAAAUAAUAAAUGAUAAUAUAAAAAGAAUAUAUGUGGAUAAUAAUACAAUAAUAAUAUACGAAUAAUAAACACUAAUAACGAUAAAUAAUAAUGGCUGAUAAUAUAUCAAUAAUGAACGCACUUGUCCGUAGGAACGCGUUACUUCAACUGCAAUCAUCCAAAACUCGAAUGGCGUCAUAAUUAAUACGUAAUAAUAAUUCCAUCUAUACCCAUUCUUGACCUCAAUAACAUUUUUAGUGACGAUAAAACGAUAAACCGAACAGAAAAUCCAACUAUCCAAUUAAAACAAACCCGAUUGCAAAGUCGGUCUGGCGACACGUUCAAGCUGAUAACUUUCUCGUUAAAAGUACGAAAGAUCGUGAUUAAUAUAUGGAGUAACCGAAAGACCGGCGAAUCGACGAUCUCGCUUUCUCGAUUCGAGGAAACAGCUGUUUUGUUAUUUGUUGCAAGUUAGUCGACGCAGUAUCAUCGGUGGAUAUGUGUCAGAUUCGAGUGGCGUUAUUCACGACGAUGUUGCUGGCGAUGGUCGAGAUCUCGAUAGCCGACACGAUAAGCCGACUCUCUUUACAGUGUAAAAACGUCGCCAGAGAUGCGAUUAUGAAUAGCUGCAAGGGAGAAAGGAUAAAACGAUCCUCGGAGAAUGUCCAGCUAUUACUUCGUUAUCUACGUGAAGGUAAUGUUCUACAUGGUUGUUUAUAUUUAUAUUGUGUAUACGAAUAUAAAAGAUCAACGAACCGAAAAUUGAUUUCCUUUACAGAGAAUGUCGAUGUUUCACAACGUCCAGAAGAUCUCCUCAACUUCAGCUUAGGCUCCGACGAAUUCGAAGAACUUGUGAAUGAGGUCGGCUACAGAAUACCCAGAAGUUCGGAGAGUCUGAGCAGGAAGAUCUUCCAAAGCGUUGCUAUGAAAUGCUGCCCGAAUCCGAAAUUAUGCUACGAUAAUCCAGGAAUAAUUCCUUGCAUGGGAUAUUAACGACAACCUUGCGGUUCAUUAUUCAACCUUUUUACAGUUUAGUAAUGAAUCGCGAGAUUAUCAUUGAUAUGCCCUGCGAGCAACUUUAGUAAUUUUUAUAAUUUUAGUACGAAAGAGAGUUUAGUCAUUUUCGAACAGAGAAUCCGAACGACGAUUGUUACACGAUCUAUAGUACUUAAAUUUUCAGAACCCUUGAGAAUCUUUGAAGGAAUAAAGUACUUGUUGACUAAGAUGUUGUGUUUGGUCUAAAGAUUUUGCUCACUUUAUUCAAGUCAAUAUAAAUUGUAUUUAAUUGGAAUUUUAUAUUCGCACACGUAGUAGAUAAUAAGUUCUCCACUUCGGAAUAAUUAUAUCGUUAUAACAGAGGAAGGUAGAAUUUUGAAGAAUGAAUGGUUAAGCGAGAUAAUUGCCGACUUAAUACAGUUUCUUAUCAUUACGUCAUUAAAAAAACGUAAGAAAUUCGAACAUAUAUGUAUAAGUAAUCGUGCACUGUUUGAUCACGUAUUAAAGCGUUUAACUCUAUAGGAAUUUGGACAAAUUGUUCAACCUUAUCGUUGAUUUAUCCUUUCACAAAUUUCUCAAUCUCGCUGUUAGCGUCGAACUUCUUAAAAGGUAACCGAUUUAUUUUCACAAGUUUAUUCAUUGUGAGAAGAUGGUGUUAAUACGGUGAAACUGCAUCUAUCUGAAGGUAAACUGCUACGAAAAAUCGUAGUUAAUGGGAAGAAUCGAUUAUUAUUAUAGAAAUUAUCAUCUGAGCUACUAGUCUUCUAUAGAUGCGGUUAAAUAAAAUCGCAAGAAAAGCUGGACGAAAGUAACGUUUACGACAUUCCCUCUCCUCUACAUUUCAAUUUACAGAGUUAAUUGAAAUUGCUUCAGGGGUAUUAAAUUAUAUGCAUAGACCGUAAAACGACGAACGAAAUACCAAUUACAAGCGGAAACUGAAUCGCUCGAAACGAGACAAUAGCUCGUUCGACUAUAGAAAAUGAUUCGGGCGAUCGAAACAACAAAGGAGACGCCGACAGCGUGACGAACGCGAAGCUCUUUGUGGCAAUAAUGAGUGAUAUUCCCGACGAUCGGGCUGAAACUCCGUGAAACUACGCCAAUAAGAGAUAAAAAAGGACGGUGCCGAUUAUGGCGGAGAGAUGGCCAGAACGAGUUAAACGCGUGUCUGACCCCCUUCGUGCGUGCAACGCCCGGUGCAAUAGAAGUUAAUCGAAAAAAGUAGGUAAGACAGAGACGAGAAGCAAUUGAGGAUCGGCUCCGGCGUCACGUCGAGACGCUUGCAAUUAGCCGGCGCGCGCGCGAUCUAGCUGCUAAUUUCGUCUGACGCCAUAAAAUCGCUUCAUCGAGCUGGAAUCUCGAAAAAUUAACAGCGACCACCAAUAGGAAUUUCUCUAAUCGUGUCUAACGAGAUCGAUUGCUUUUCGCUGGUUAAUAGUUUAUAUUAGGUUGUUCCAAAACUUUCUUUCGUUUUAUAGGAAAAUAAUAGGUGCAUUUUUGCAUGCAUUUUAUCCAUUUUUUGUUGUCCACCUAUCGUUUCCUUAUAAAACGAAAGAAACUUUUGAGACAACCUAAUAU